AUGUUUAAAAAACAUCACCAAAUAGAAGAUGUAAUGCGGGUUGAAUUAGAAAACGACUACACAAAUUCAUUAAAACAGUAUCUUGAAAAAGAUAUUUGGAAAAUGAGAAUUAAAAUGGUCUCAGAUUUGAAGAACAAAGAAUUACAGAUGAGGAAUGAACAAUUAAUUGAAAUGGUUUGUUCAGAUCCCCACUCCCUGUCUAUAUAAAUACAAAUUGUAAUUGAAUUGGUAUAUCAAGACUAUCUGUAUGGUGAUUUUGAGGUUCAAUCAAAAUUUUUUACAAAAGUGUUGUUUAUUUUCUAUGUACAUUAUAUAAUUUUAAUGUAAAUAUUAAGUUAGAAAAUGUAUAAUGAAGGCUUGUGGGCCAAACCCAGUCAAUUACAUAAAACUGUAGAUCAAUUUUUUUUCAUUUUAAAUGAAUACCAAAUGGUAUCAACUAUAUGGUUAAAUUGAUGGAUUGUUGAAUGCCUAUUUCUGAAUCUAAAUUGGGGGUUUGGGAUGGUGUGAUUUACAUUAAUUAAUUAACAUAUGGAUACACUUAAAAACUAAGUUUUCAGACACCUUAGGAAACAUAGAGAGGAGACUUAUAGGAGAAUAUGGAGAUGUUAUAAACUAUAAAUGGACGUUUAUUUGAAAUAAGUUAAAUUAGUAAAUGUAUGUAAAACAAAUGUUCUAAUCAAUUACUUUACCCAAGAUAAUAAAGGCCCCCUUUUAUGUGUCAAAUAAUACUUUUCAUUCUGACCUAAAUAAUAUCAAAACUGUCUCUUUAAUAUUUUAAAUUAUGUAUACACUUGUUCAUGUCUUGAAAAUCGUUCAAAUCCUUGAAUUUUAGCACUCAGACUUAAUACUAGGAAAUCACUUAAGGUGACUCAAAAGAAGAUGGUGUCAUGAUCUGAACUCUAAAAACUAGGGGUUUUUUUUUGGGGGGGGGGGUUGCAGGAUCUAUUAGACUAUACAGCUUAGAAAUGUGUUUAUAAUAUAGAAUAAUAAUAUAUAAUAUGUAAAUAGUUAUAUUAGCAAUUUAUGUUUAUUGUAUAGAAAAAUCUGCAAGAAAAAGUUUAUGAAAAAAGAAAUGAAAAUUGUGACUAUGUAAAUAAUCUUAUUGAUAACAGUUGGUUAUUAAAUUUAGAAUACGAAUUAAACAAUCUGACAGAAAAUAAAGGUACCUAUUUAGAAAAAGUACAAAUAUCUAUCUCUAUUGUUAUAUUACUAAUGUAUAUCUAUUAAAGUUAUACAAUUUCUUAUAAAAUGUUUGUUUAAGAAAUUGAGAAAAGGAAAUUAAGUACUUCAAUUAUUUGUAACAAACUAGAGAAGGAAAUAAAUGAAAUUAAAUCUAUUCUAGAAUUAUUGAAUUUAAAAAAACACCAAGAAAAUAAAAUAAUUGAGUAA